CGCCGACUGCAAAUCAAUGAAGCCAGUCAAGGCAGCGGGGCUGGGCGGUCGAAGUUGGGACAAUUUACGGAGGUUUCUGUUGCUGGAUAGUCGACGACAUAAGGAUAUGUACACAACUAAUGUGUAAAGAAACCUAUUUUUGUGUCCUUUAGCGGAGUAAGGAUGAUAUAUAUGUUCACCAAUUUUCUACUUAUACGAGGUGUUUGAUGUGUUUCGCUAGAAAUUUGUAGCUCAACAAAAAAUACCCUUCCUUUCCGAACUGAGGAUGAUUUUUGCUAAUACUGGAAAUCCACUAAGGACUUCGUAUCGCAAACAGAGCUCCAUGGGCGAGGCCUGUUACUGGAAGCCUUGUGUAUUUCCAGUUCGGAUAUGACGGGCUCUGCUGGUCUGGAGCCGGCUGAUAAGAUGCUGUCCUCUCCCCAUCACAGUCUGUCACAGUCCUGCAUCUAAGUAGUUGGGCAGAUGAAUGAAAAUUUACUUUCAGUCCCACAGAAGGGAAGUUGCAGUUAUGGAGCUUGGGGCUCUGUUGCAGCCACCUGUUGCCCCAUCAUCACACCCUAUGGCUCCACCCAGCCCAAGCACCAACAGCAGCACCAACAACAGCAGCAGCAGUAGCACUGCUGGCUGGGACCAGCUCAGCAAAACAAACCUCUACAUCCGAGGCCUGUCCCCUUCAACCACAGACCAUGACCUGGUCAAGCUCUGUCAGCCGUAUGGCAAAAUUGUAUCAACAAAGGCUAUCCUGGACAAGACUACAAACAAAUGUAAAGGAUAUGGCUUUGUGGACUUUGACAGCCCUGCUGCAGCUCAGAAAGCUGUGGCUGCUCUAAAGACUACUGGUGUCCAAGCUCAGAUGGCAAAGCAACAAGAACAAGACCCCACAAACUUGUACAUCUCCAACUUGCCUUUGUCUAUGGAUGAGCAAGAGCUAGAGAAUAUGUUGAAACACUUUGGCCAGGUCAUAUCUACACGCAUCCUGAGAGACUCCAGUGGAGCCAGCAGAGGAGUGGGCUUUGCCAGGAUGGAGUCAACUGAAAAAUGUGAUGCAGUCAUUUCUCACUUCAAUGGAAAGUUUAUUAAGACACCUGCAGGUGUUCCAGCACCCUCUGAACCAUUGCUGUGCAAGUUUGCUGAUGGAGGGCAGAAAAAAAGACAAAGUCAGAAUAAAUUUGCCCAGAAUGGUCGGGGUUGGGCGAGGGAUGGCGACUCAAGACUGGCUGGAAUGACACUCACAUAUGACCCUAGUGCAGCUGCUAUGCAAAAUGGAUUCUUCCCACCGGCAUACAGUAUUUCAAACAGGAUGAUUGCUCAAACAUCCAUGUCCCCUUACAUGUCUCCAGUUUCAACAUACCAGGUGCAGAACCCAUCCUGGGUGCCUCAUCAACAGUACAUCAUGCAGCACCCAGGUACAGUGAUAUCGCCCUCUAUGGACCCAUCUAUGUCACUGCAGCCCACCUCCAUGAUGGCCCCCCUCACACAGCAGAUGAGUCACCUCUCUUUGGGCAGUGCAGGAUCGUUUAUUGCUGCCAACACAGCUAUGCAAGGAGCAUAUAUCCCACAGUACGCACACAUGCAGACUACUGUUCCUGUGGAGGAAAAUGGUGCACAGUCACAAGUGGACUCAUCCAGGAAUCAUUCCCCAUAUUCAUACCAACAAACCAAGUAGUGCUGGGGUGCCAUUUGGACAACAGCUGAAACAAUCAUGUCUACAAAUGCAAUGAACGCUAAGGAUCUUUUCACUGUUUUGCACAGGUUCUGCAAAUGUUUAAGUGAGACUAUUUUUGGAGAGAAUAUCUAAGUUCAUCAAAUGAUUCAAAUUAUAUUAAAAAAAGUUUUGAAAAAGUUUUAUUUUCAUACUAAAACGUUUAUUUUUUAUCAAGGAUUGCUGCAGGAUACAAGAAAGAGUCAUGUGACUAAUUGUUCCAAGUGCAUGAUAGUCAGUAUGUCUUUUGUUAAUAUUUCCAGGGUUUUUUUUUCUGAAGAUUUGUUUCAGCCAGACAUUUUGAAAAUGAUGUUUUUGUGCUUGCUGUGUGAGUAUUGCUAUGGUGAAGUAGUAGUUGUUGUUUUCUUGUAAAGUGAUUUUUCCUAGUACUUUAGAUUGAUCUUGCUGUCUAAUUAAAAUUUGCCUUAAUAGUUUUGAUAUAGUAGUUGUACAGAACACCACAGAGAGCGGCAAUAAGCAAAAGCUAUUACCUUUGAAAUCAGCCACAUAGGACUUUUUAAAGAAAAAUGAAUAAAACCUGUGUUUUUGUUUUUUUCCCUCCCAGAACUGCUAGAAAAGUAGUAGUAAGUAAUUUUAGAGGAAAAUGUUUUCAAUGCAAUGACAUAAUAUUUAUUUAGUAAGAGAGCCCAAAUGUUUCUGGAUGUUGGAAUGAUGAAGUUCUGUUGGAAGAUCACCUUUUAAAUUUUGCCUUUUUAAAUAGUUGGUAUCGAAGAGUAGCAUAAAGUGAUCUUUGGGGGUGUGUGGGGUGGGGGUGGGGGUGGGGGCGGGGGUGGAGGAAAGGGAGGGGUGGCCUGGCCUAAUAUAUUUUAUUUGUUGGUCGUACUUUUGUCUUUUUGGGUGAUGUUAAUUGAUAUUUUGAUGGGGUGUGUCUUUUACACUUUUAUUUGAACAAAGGAACAGGAAUACAUGGACUCAUGAUUGUGCUAAAAAAAAAAACAAAAAAAAAAACUCAAAGCCUUGUAAUAGAACUGAGUUGGGGGGGUUGAAUGAGAUGAAUAUGUGUAUUUUAUGGCACCUCACUCUUUGAUAGGAAACAAACAAACUUGGCACUUUCAAUCGUAGUUUACUUCACCAAAGAUUGUGAGCUAGUACACUGAGGAAAUAGCAUCAUUUAUCUCUUUAACCAGGACAUAAGUGACUCUACAAAGCAGAUUGCAGUUUGGACAGUGUGCCUUUUUUGUAAAAUUACAUUCAGUUUUCACAGGUAUUAGUACAGUGUGGACACACACAAGCAUGAAGGAAGGCCUGGAUCCAACAAGUGCCGCAGAUAAAUUUCAGAAUUUACAGAAAAUGCAACAUUACAGUAAAAAUUAAGUUCAAAAGAAAAUAAUUGAAACAAUGAAAGGACAGUAUUGUAAUAGCAUUCUGGUAUUACAUAGCACUAAAAAAUAAGUUUGAUUAUUUUUUUUGAUCAUAGUAGAUUCAAUUAGGCUUUUUGGCUAAGGUGUCCUCCAAUAAGCCUGUGAUUCGACCUGGUGGUCAGUCUGACCAAUUAUCUACCUCAGAGUUUACUUUCUCCUCUGUAUUCGGUCGGGUUAGCAGGUCCAGCCCGCCUUUCCAGACCAAAUGCCACGCUCAGGAGCUGGCCACAUACAGCUGUUUCCUUUCAGGUUGUUUUGAAUACUUCUUGAUUUUCAUCAGACCUAAUUUUUUUAUGAUGUAUUAUUGUAACCAUUGUUCAUGCAUUCAGUAGUAUAGUUUCAAAAGAGCUGCUGCUUUUACGACAAUAGAUUCCAGAGGCUGAUCUAAGAUCUUUAAGACCAACAAUAACAACAAAGCAUUGUGGUGUUCACUGGAUCUGUGCUCCUUUAAACAAACAUGUUUGUUGCUUUGUCUCUGGUCUAGACAAACUCGCAGCAGCAUUUCCUCUGUAGUUAAAUAGGGUGUGCAACAAAUGCAAGGCCGCUGUACUUGAGAUUUCUGUGUAAUGCCUAAGACUGAGAAGUUAUACUGUCUUGUGAAGUUUAUGCUGCUAAUGGUGUCUGAACCAAGUGCCAUAGUAUCUGGAUCAAGAGUUGCAGAGGUGCAUCAAAGAAAAUAAGUAACCAUCAUGUUGAACAGUCAUUAAGUUAUAUGAAAAGUUCUAAUUUAUGAUUUUUUUUUGUACAGACAGCUUGAGGAAAGAAAGAGAUUUUCAUAGUGCUAGAUAAAAUUUUAUUGUUUUUUUUUUUUAUUUUCUUUUUUCUUGUGCCACACAAAUGCCAGUGGUAACUUGUAUGUACAGUUUAGGGAAUCUUUCCUAUGUAUUUUUGUUUUGUAGUGUUUGUUAAAGCCAAAGACUUUUUCAGUAGCUUGCUGCCUAAGGUUUAUUCUGUUCAUUUCUUUGACAUUUUUUUUUUUUUUGAAUAAAAAUGUUUUAAAAAUUUGAA